UUUCCUGCCGCCAGGGGUGGAGUUUGGUUCAGAAUUUCUAAAAGAGGAGGAGGAAGCCGUGCUGUGGAGAAGUGCAAAAGUUUAUAACACCUUGAUUCUGAGAUACAGUAACUGUGAGAUCGUCUGCAAUGAAAAUGGAGGAGGAAGAUCCAGUGAGUGGGACACAAGAACGGGAAGCCAGACGUGUCAGAAAAGAUGUUCACAUCCUCCAAGCAGGGUCUCUUGGAGAGGCCUUGGAAGGAAUACCUGAAAGGAUUCUGGUUAAACAGGAACCAGCUGAGGGUUCCCUUCAGCAGUGGGAAACCCAGUGGCAGGAGUUCCUGAAGACUGUGGAAAGCCCUCAGUCUGGGUGGGUGAUUUCAGAAUUGCCUCAGGAACCCACCCCCUGGGAUGACACCAAGGCCUUCCUGGCCUCCUUUGAGCAAGUGGCCGAAGCCUGCCGGUGGGCCAAGGAAGAGUGGGUGACCAGACUCCUGCCAGCUCUCAGCGGAGAACCUGAACAGGCGUUUAGUAACUUGGAUAUCCGAGACAGAAGUGAUUAUGCAAAGGUGAAGGUGGCCAUUUUGCGAGGGGAUGCCAUGCGGAGGGAGAAGCAGCGCCAAUACUUCCGCCGUUUCUGCUACCAGGAGGCUGAGGGGCCUAGAGGGACGUACAGCCGGCUCCAGGAACUUUGUCACGGAUGGCUGAGAGUGAAGAAACAGACCAAGGAGCAGAUCUUGGAGCUCUUGAUCUUGGAGCAGUUUUUGACCAUCCUGCCCCCGGAGAUCCAGAGUUGGGUGAGGGAAAGCAGCCCAGAGACCUGCUCCCAAGCAGUGUCCCUGGCCGAGGAGUUCCUGCAGAUGCAACAAGAGGCCCACAGAGUGAAGCAACAGGUGCUGACAAAACACAAGGAGGUGGCCAUGAGUCCCUUAGAGGCAGAGCUGGCUCCGACUAGACCUAGGGAGAGGCAAUCACCACAGGAGGCCCAGCCAGAGCUCAAUGAGGAAGUCAGGCUUCGAGGUUAUAUGCAGGUGAGAAAACGUGAAGAGAAAACCAAUCCUAUGGACUGUUUGGAGCUUGUGGAAACAGGUGGCGGUUUCCAAAGGAGAGCAGUGGAGACCAUCUCUGAGGGAGGGGGAAGAUCUCAGGAGAGCCCUCAUGGACAGAAGAGAACUCCCCGAAGGAACAGACUGGGUAAUUCUAAUCCUGUUGAGGCAAAGAAGGUCCUCAGCGAAAGCCUAGUGAGGCCCAGAGAUGACACCUGCAUGGUUGCUGAGGGAGCCUUCAGAGAGGAACUGGUCCUUCCCAGACACGAAGAACUCCCUAAUCAGGAUGUAUUCUCACAAUGUGGAAGAAACAUGGUUCGCAAGGACCUCGUGAUGCGGCAUCAGCGAAUCCAUACAUUGGACAAAACACGGAAAUGCUUAUACAGUGGGAAGACCUUCUGUCCAAGGCCAAACUUGAUAUUUCAUGAAAGAACCGAGGCUGAGGAGAAACCCUUCCAGUGCUCUGGCUGUGGGAAGCGGUUCUCUCGAAAUUCUCUCCUCAUUAAACAUGAAAAGACCCAUGGGGGAGAGAAACUCUACAACUGCUCAACCUGUGGGAAAGGCUUUGUUUAUAGCUGGAACCUCAUCAAACACAAGAAGAAGCACACGGGGGAGAAACCAUACCAGUGCUCGGCCUGUGGGAAAACCUUCUUUGAGCGUUCAGAUCUCCUCAGACAUGAGAGAACCCACACGGGAGAGAGACCCUAUAAAUGCUCGCUCUGUGAGAAGUGCUUCAGUCAGAAGUGGCUGUUGAUCAAACAUGAACGAACCCAUGUGGAAUAGAGGAAUGCUCACCAUCCAGGAAGAGAAUCCCAUUUUGGACUAAGGCCACUUUUAUUAUAAAAGUAUACAUACAGGAGAAAA